UUGAGGAGAGGAGCCAUUGGUGCGCACUAUCCUAGUGAAAAUAGUUUUAUUUCUACGAUAUGGUUAAAAUCAACCGCAUGAAGUGAUACCCAACCUCGAAUUCAUUCUGGAGCUCAUCAUUCGACAAGCGCAUCAGGGCUAGUGUGGUAUAUUUUUAGAAUGCGUAGCCAAAUUCUAAAGGAAAUAUUCGGCACUUUUGACUGUAAUUUUGAUUACCCCGGCGAAAGAUGUUAAUCCAACAUGGGUGAAUCUGAUAACAGUAGCUUCGCCACGAAGUGCGUGGCAAAAGAUCGGGUGAACUGUCUCGACUCUUAUAUGGCCACCUACGAUCUGGACUACGGAGUUCCACUGGAGGAAAUACCGGACACAACCCAAGGCCGUGCUUUUUUUGUAUCCACAAUUGUCAUAGCCGUGGUCCUGGUCUGUAUCAUAUUGGUCUGCGGUGUUGGCAACUGUUUGUUCAUUGCUUCUCUGGCGCGAUACAAAAAACUUCGCAACCUCACUAACCUCCUGAUUGCAAACUUGGCGGUGUCUGAUAUUCUAGUGGCAGUAGUGUGCUGUCCGUUUCUGUUGGACUACUACGUGGUGAAACAGCUUUCAUGGGACUACGGGCUUGUACUGUGCGCCUCAAUUAAUUAUUUACGCACGGUGUCCCUCUAUGUAUCUACCAACGCGCUUCUGGCCAUCGCAGUGGACAGGUACAUGGUCAUCGUCCACCCUCUGAAGCCUCGCAUGAAGUACCACACGGCCUGCUACCUGAUCCUGGGGGUUUGGAUCAUACCCAUCAUCAUCUCCAUCCCCUCUGCCUACUUUGUCUCAGAGACCACAUACCCGCACUUCUCUAAUAAGAGCCACAAGACCUUCUGUGCCCAGAUCUGGCCCGUGGACCAUCAGUUCUACUACCGCUCCUACUUCCUCUUCAUCUUCUCUCUGGAGUUCGCCGUGCCCGUGGCAGUCAUGGCAUUGUGCUACGCCAGGAUCUCCCGGGAGCUGUGGUUCAAGACUGUGCCCGGCUUCCAGACGGAGCAGAUCCGCAAGCGCCUGCGCGGCCGCCGGAGGACGGUUGUGGCGCUGCUCCUGGUGUUGGCCGCCUACGUGCUCUGCUGGGCGCCCUACUACGGCUUCACGUUGGUGAGAGACUUUCUCCCAACCCUGAUCUCCAGGGACAGGAACUCCCUGGUGGCCUUCUACAUCAUCGAGUGCAUAGCCAUGAGCAACGGGGUCAUCAACACGCUGUGUUUCGUGAGCGUCCGGAUCGAUGGUAACUGCACGCGGAUGAUGACCAGGCUACGCUGGAAGUCUGUCAGAUUUGUGAUGGGAAAGACAGCGGACGACCACAUCUCGUCUCUGCGCACGACAGAGGAUGUCGAGUGCACAAGGCUGAGGUGGAGGCCGGAUCCUCAGACCAUCAUCUUCGUGGAAAGGUUUGAAUAGAGUCAGCAGGAGACCAAAUUGAUUCUGACGUCCUGCUCACGUCAUUCAGCGUGAACCUGUACUCCUUGAUAAUGACUGGGUUCAUGGUGGUACAGCACUUCGAAAGACACUGGUCUGACUUAGGGCCAAAUGUCCCCGCCUUUUCCAAAAUGUAAAACAUUUUGGUUAACACCAGGAAAAUCAUGAUUUGUAAACUUUUACAUUUAUAAUUUAGCAGAGACUCUCAUUCCAAGUUAUGAGGUGGGACAAGCACACAUCCCCGUAAUGGUAACAUCAGGAGCAACAAGCAGUGCAACUUAAAAUAGAAAAAGAAAAAAGAAGAGCAAGAAUUUGUCCGCAGUGUGGGAGCGCUGUUUUCGAUGCACAUGUACUGCUGUAUAAUCCCAUAAUUGAAGUUCCUGUCAUACCAACAAAUUGGCAAAAUACCAUUCCACGAUAGUCCCCGGUGCUGUAUGUGACAGCGGGAGUUUGAUUGAGUUAAACAACCACUGCUGAUUUGUUGCUGAUCCCGGAUUAGAAAGCAUUAAAAAGCAUUGCAGGUUUUUUUGUUGAGGUCAUCAAAGUGGUGACUCACUCCUGCUGGGUCAUGCCUUACAGUGUUCACAGAGCAUGACUAAAUAAUCAAGUUCAGGUGGAGAUUUCCAGUUUAAUCUGUAUCCGCAAAACCGGCCCCACAGCAACCCAAACUCUUAGUUCUGCCAUUUAUCUAUUGCAUCAUCUCCUAAAAGAAUGAAAUGUACCGUAAGUAUCGAACAUAAAUCCACAAAGCGUGUCAUUGUUGUUUUAGCCUAUUACCUUUUCCCACGCAAUAUUAUACAAUAGUUGUUGAUGUUACCCCCGCCACACAGGGUAACUAUAGAAUGCUACGUUUUAAUCUGAGUUUAGUAUGCUGCUCUAAAGUACCAAAGAGGUACUUCAAUUGGUGUAUACCUGCCAUGUUACAUACGCUUGACAUUUGCAGUAAUGCAAGUCAGAACCCGUACCAUUUCUAGGUUCAAUGUAUUCGUAGGAACCUGACAACCUGCCUAGACAUGAUGUACAGCGCAUUUGAUUUAGACUCCUUCACGUUUCCCACAUUUCUUUACACUACAGGCUUAUUCUAAAAAGGUUGAAUUUUUUUCCUCAUCAAUCUACACAAUAAUGACAAAGCAAAACUAGUUUUGCAUAUUUAUAAAAAAAUAAAUAUCACAUUUACCUAGGUUUUAAGACCCUUUGCUAUGACACUCAAAAUGGAGUGUGUGGAGGCACCAAGCUGGGAAGGUCCCCAAGAACACAGUGGCCUUCAUUCUUAAAUGGAAGAAGUUUGGAACCAUCAGUAUUCUGCCUGAGAGCUCCAGAGUUCCUGUGUGGAGACGGGAGAAACUUCCAGGACGACCAUCUCUGCAGCACUUUAUUCAUCAGUCAGGCCUUGAUGGUAGAGUGUCAAGACGGAAACCUCUUGUCAGUAAAAAGCACAUGGCAUACCUGAGAAGUAUGUACUGUAUGUAUCUCUGUACAUCAUGCAGUAACACAUUUUAGCCAGUUGACUAGUGAGACACUAAUUAUCUAAUUAUUAUUGUUAAUACUUUGUUCAAAUCUUGAUUCAUGGAAUUUUUCAAAUGUAAAAGUGUGCCUCAUUAGGUUAGCAUUAGGAGUUAUGUGCAAUUUUCCGGUUACUGUAACCUCAGUCACCUGUACAUAUCACA